AUCUCCUCGAGACCCUCCUCAAAACCAAGAAACACCCCCCCCAAAACAAAAGCACCGGAACAAGCCAAUGUCUCUUGCGCGGCAAAAAGGACCGGCAAUCCCGGCGCAGAAGCUCCCCAAUAUUGUGGCGUCGACCGCGAUUGUGCGGCCGGGCGCUGAGGCAGGCGGCAGCAACGCCCAGCCGAUGGACGACCGAGAGGACGACAGCCGCUUCUCGUCCGAGCCACAGUGGAAGGCUGCGCUAAGGAGAAGCAAGAAGGAGAAGGACUUCGAGUCCAAGAAGAAGGCUGCGGCCGAAGCCGAGCGCUUGGCAGCAAUACCCAUCUGGAAGCGUCACAUUAUGGAGGUCAAAGAGCGCAAGUCGAGCUCGCCCAACGGCAGCAUCUCCAUGACUCCACAGCAAGUUGCCGCCAUGCAGCAAAUCCACGACCCCGAUGCACCCACCUCGUCCGCUGCAGCCGUCUCUGCCGCAAACGCAUCCUGGAUGGACAAUCUUGCUUCCCGCGACACAUAUCGACCGACGCACUCGACCAAUCGAGACUUUUCCGCUAACUCGGCCCGCUUCAACACGCUUGAGCGCGGCAAUAUUUCUGCCCUUGGCAACCGUCAUAUUCCCGAUGCUGCACCACUCGUUCCCAAAGCGCUGCAGAUGAAUGCCCAACCAGCACCGGCGCCAGUUGUUUCGACCAAACCAAAAAAGAACCUCUCGGUCUCAUUUUUCGAAGAAGAGAAUGAAAUCCCAUACGUCGAGUUUGAGGGCGAGAUUGAGUUCAACCAGGAGCUGGCGACAGAGAUGGACACCGAGCCCAUGAACGAAGGCAAUGCCGACGACAACGAAGACCAAAUUUUGUCCACGCUGCGUGUGGCGGCACUGGCUCGCCCAGACCAAGCCACGAUGGCCCUUAAUGUUGCUGGUCGACAAAUCACCACCACUGCCCGAGACGAAAUCACCGACGUAACCAAUCUUGAGGAUGAUCUUGCAGCCAUGAUCUGGUGAUUUUGCGCUGUUGCUGUUCUGCAUUUGUUUGUCUGUACUGAUGUCGAGUGCCUUGUGCUUCUCUCCCACCGCCGGCUGGGUUGCACUCGUGUGCUCGAUCAUAUUUUCUUCAUCUCUCGUCUUCCAACCUUCAUUUGCUAUCCGUCCUUACCUCUCUCUGUACUUUCCUUUUUGUUCGUUCGUGGCUUUGUCUGUCCAUGUUGCUUGUAGUUUGAGAAUAGAUUUCUUUUUUUC